AUGAGUGCACCACAAUUAAGCUCGUUUGUUUCAUUAAAGGAUGGGCUUAACUUAUAUAAAGGAUUAUAUUGGGGUUACUUUAAUGGUCAUGCUAAGGUAUACUUAAAUGGCAAGUGGCAAGAGAAAGAUUGGUUCUUGUGUGAUAAUUACCUGCCUUAUGCACUUGGUGGUGGUUAUGUAAUUUCACGCAGCAUCGUAGACUAUAUUGCAAACAACAUAGACAUAUUAAGCUAUUAUAAUGCAGAAGAUGUUUCAAUGGGUGUUUGGACUGCUUCAUUGAAUGGAAUUAACAGAGUUCAUGACAUUAGAUUUGAUACUGAGUGGAUAUCGCGAGGUUGUGAGGAAACAAUU